AUGCCUAACAAAUUAGUGACGUACCUUGCCCGAGAGGGUCGGGAAGGCACUGCAUUGGAAGUGCUCAAUUUCAACUUUGCCUCCUCGAAUAAAUUGCGUGUCCGUGGGAUUUCUGUUAGUGCGGACAGUAGACUGAAAGCGUGGAGCCCUAACAGCGACUACUUGAAUGACCUCAGUGGGAGUCUCGGGGCUGAAGAGAUUCCCUAUUUCUACCCCGGUAAAUCAGGACCCAUCCUUCCCCUGUGGGUUAGCAAUCCCUGGCCAAUGAGAUCGCGUCUUGGCGAGCCAGUGGAGGCGGAGCUCUAG